AUGGGUUUAGGGAACAAACUCCGGCUGACUUCUGCUCUCAGCCGCAUGCUCCACCGGAGGAUACUUUAUUCAUCCGCCAGAUCUUUCACCACCACGGAGGGCCACCGUCCUACCAUCGUCCAUAAACGAAGCCUUGAUAUCCUCCAUGACCCUUGGUUCAACAAGGGGACUGCCUUUACGAUGACGGAGCGAGACCGUCUCGAUCUCAGGGGGCUUCUUCCACCUAAUGUUAUGGAUUCUGACCAGCAAAUUCAGCGUUUCAUGACUGAUCUCAAGAGGCUGGAGGAGCAAGCAAGGGAUGGACCUUCUGAUCCCAAUGCUCUCGCUAAGUGGCGAAUUCUUAAUCGCUUGCACGACCGAAACGAGACCAUGUACUAUAAGGUUUUGAUUGCCAAUAUUGAGGAAUAUGCGCCAAUAGUUUACACUCCAACGGUUGGUCUUGUCUGCCAGAACUACAGUGGGUUGUUUAGGAGGCCAAGGGGAAUGUAUUUUAGUGCUGAAGAUCGUGGUGAAAUGAUGUCCAUGGUUUACAACUGGCCUGCUGAACAGGUUGAUAUGAUUGUUGUUACCGAUGGAAGCCGGAUUUUGGGUCUUGGAGAUCUGGGUAUUCAUGGAAUUGGUAUAUCUGUUGGGAAGCUCGAUUUAUAUGUCGCCGCAGCUGGAAUAAAUCCUCAACGGGUACUUCCUGUCAUGAUUGAUGUUGGAACAAACAAUGAAAAACUACUCAAGGACCCCAUGUACUUGGGUCUGCAGCAACAUCGUUUAGAGGAUGAUGAAUAUGUCGAAGUAAUUGAUGAAUUUAUGGAGGCAGUAUUUACUCGGUGGCCACAUGUUAUUGUGCAGUUUGAGGAUUUCCAGAGCAAAUGGGCUUUCAAAUUAUUGCAGAGGUAUAGAAACAGCUAUCGAAUGUUUAAUGAUGAUGUACAGGGGACAGCAGGGGUUGCGAUUGCUGGUCUUCUUGGAGCAGUUAGAGCACAGGGGCGACCAAUGAUUGAUUUUCCAAAGAUGAAGAUUGUUGUUGCUGGUGCUGGAAGUGCGGGAAUUGGUGUUCUAAAUGCUGCAAGGAAGACGAUGGCACGGAUGUUGGGAAAUAAUGAAACUGCGUUUGAUAGUGCACAAAGUCAAUUUUGGGUGGUUGAUGCUCAGGGUCUUAUCACUGAAGGACGAGAAGAUAUUGACCCAGAGGCUCUGCCGUUUGCUAGGAAGCUUAAAGAGAUGGAGCGUCAGGGAUUAAAAGAAGGAGCAAGUCUUGUCGAAGUGGUUCGAGAAGUUAAGCCUGAUGUGCUUCUUGGUUUAUCUGCAGUUGGAGGGUUAUUCUCAAAUGAGGUUUUAGAAGCCAUGAAAGGUUCAACCUCGACAAGACCAGCUAUUUUUGCAAUGUCAAAUCCCACAAAAAAUGCUGAAUGCACGGCUCAAGAGGCAUUUUCUAUAUUAGGCGACAAUAUCAUCUUUGCGAGUGGAAGCCCAUUCAAGAAUGUGGAUCUUGGGAAUGGUCAAGUAGGACAUUGCAACCAGGGAAACAACAUGUACCUAUUUCCGGGUAUUGGACUUGGUAUUCUUUUAUCUGGUACUCCAAUCGUCUCGGACGGGAUGCUUCAGGCCGCAGCUGAGUGCUUAGCAGCAUACAUGAGCGACGAAGAAGUGCUGAAGGGGAUCAUAUACCCUCCAAUAUCAAGGAUAAGAGACAUAACAAAAAGAAUAGCGGCUGCGGUAAUAAAGGAAGCAAUUGAGGAGGAUCUGGCCGGCGGAUAUAGGGAAAUGGACGCUCGAGAGCUCCAGAAGCUUAAUGAGGAGGAGCUGAUGCAGUACGUGGAAAACAACAUGUGGAGUCCAGAGUACCCGACUUUGGUCUACAAAGAUGAUUAA